AAAAAAAAAUAAAAAUAAAAAACCUGAAUUGGAUUAGAAAUCUGCAGAGAUUGAAUCUGAAACAAUUUUUAUCAACAUGCCAAGUUUUUUGAAGAUGGAAAUCUUUUCAGAACUAAAAAAAAAAAUCAGAACAAGAACUUUGACAAGCAAAAGUACUUAAUAUAGGGUAAAGCUCUAAAGUUACUUCUUGAAAAUUAAAAUACUUACAAAAAGCAUGCUUUUGAGUGAAUUCCAUAGUGUUGGAAGGGGCUUGCCAUGAACUACCUCACACUCUGCUUCCACUAGUAGAUUCUCAAAUAGGAUUAGUAAAUUGGUCAAAAGAAGAGAUAGGGUUCUGAGUGGUGAAUUGUUCAGAAAUACAUUGGUAAUUAUUUUUAUUAAUUACCCAAAUAGGAUUUUCUAUGCCUUAAUCAGUCAAUUGUUUCAAGAAACAUUGUUAAUUAACUAAAAUUGAAUUAAACAACAGUUGAUUUGGGUUGAUAUAUUUUGAUUUAGCCCACCCCCGUUGAGAAAUCCUGGAUCCUGGAUCCACCCUUGGGGACUGAUCAAUUUCACGAUAACUUGUUGCUCUGCUCCUGAUCGGGUAAUCUGCUAUAACAAUCACUCUGGCAUGUUCAAACACUCUCCUAAAACCUUUUGAUUCUAUUUCAAGAUGGAAACAGUGAAUGCAUUAAUUCCAGAGGUCGGAUUAGAUACAGGAACUGGCGAAGGUAUUUUUGCUGAAGCCGGGGAUUUCAAUAAUCAUGUUGAUGAUAUGUCCGCAAAGGUUGAUCAGCUUGAGCAAAGAUUGAACGAGGUCGAACAGUUCUACUCGACUUCGAGUAAAAAGCAACUAAACACUGCUAGAGGUAGCUCAAUUUUGAAGGACAAGGAUAAGGAGAAAUACAUUGCUAGCCUAAAGAAACGACAAUAUGAUGCCUCAAAAAGAGAAGCAGCUGCAGUGAAGAGAAUGCAAGAGCUAAUUGGUGGAAUCUUACGUCAGAUCACUCAGCACAAGUGGGCAGGCCCUUUUAUGAAACCUGUUGAUGUUGUGGGUCUUGGUUUGCAUGAUUAUUAUCAGGUUAUUGACAAGCCCAUGGACUUUAGUACGAUUAAAAACAAAAUGGAGGCCAAGGAUGGCGCGGGAUAUAAGAAUGUCCGAGAGAUAUGUGCAGAUGUGAGGUUGAUAUUUAAGAAUGCAAUGAAAUAUAAUGAUGAAAGGGAUGAUGUUCACGUGAUGGCCAAAACUUUGUUGGCAAAAUUUGAGGAGAAGUGGCUGCAACUUCUGCCAAGAGUUGAUGAAGAGGAAAAAAGACGAAAAGAGGAGGAAGCGGAGGCACAAUUAGAUAUGCAACUUUUUCAGGAGGCUGCUCAUGCCAAAAUGGCUAGGGAUUUAAGUAAUGAGCUUGAUGAGGUUGAUUUAGCUCUUGAAGAACUUAGAGAAACGGUGCUUCAAAGGUGCAGAAGGAUGUCCAUUGAAGAGAAAAAAAGACUCGGAACAGCUCUCACCCAAUUAUCUCCCGAAGAUCUCAACAAGGCACUGCUGAUUGUUGCUCAGGACAACCCAAGCUUCCAAGCAACAGCCGAAGAAGUGGACCUUGACAUGGAUGCUCAGAGCGAAUCCACGUUAUGGAAAUUGAAGUUUUUUGUGAAGGAUGCACUUCAGGUUCAGGGCAAGGGUUCUGCAAUUACAGGUGGCAACAACAACCACCAUUCUAACGUUAACAACAAACGAAAAAGAGAGAUUUGUGAUGCUCUUGCCAAGUCUUCCCAAAAGAAGGGUAAAAAGCUGUCCUCUUAAUACAGAUGAUUAUACCAUAUUUUUCAAGUUCAGCGAAGCUCUCUCUAUGUAGCUGCAAUUCAUGUGAAUCUUCUCAAAUGCUUGUUUUGCUAUAAUUACUAGUUUUUGCAACUAGGAAUCUGUUUUUGUGCGUGUUCGGCAAAAAAGUAUAACCAAGUGGAACUAUUUGAGAUUUUUGUCUUUUGCUCUGGGGGAUCAUCUGUAGCAAUGCAAUCUUUUGGUCUGUAAAUAUAUAUUUUAUGAAAUUGAUAAACAUUUUUUUUUUCAUUUCA